UUGUAACCCCGCAGAAGUGACGUAGUGGCGCGAAUAACAAGACCAACCUGACAACAAAAAGACAAAGAAAUGUCAAUUCGUUACAUUUGCGACGAAUUAUCCGCAAGUACAAAUAAGUACAAAUGACAUUUUAUCAAAUACAGUUAUUUAUCAGUGUUUUAGCUAACCAGUAACUGUUUUCGAAAAGUUAGCACCGGCUCUAUGUGACAGUUUGAGUGAGGCUUUCGACUAUGUAUUCUUAUCCGGUUUGUAAAAGACUGAAUUUGUUUGACUACUUUUCAAGUAAAUUAUCCUGUCGUUAAAUGUUUUGACGGUCUUCGAACCCCCGGAGGAGGUUGGCCAUCAUGUCCAGGGGAGACAAAGAUGGCUUCAUUGUCAAGUUUGUGGGAAGUAAAGGACAAACAUCAGAGUAUGCUGCCAAAGCUUAUGAGGCUAUUUUGGAAAUGCAGUCUGAAAAGUACGUCAAGAAGAUCACUGAACAAGCUGUGUUGAAGAUGGACCACAAGGACAAAUCGCUGUUUGUCUUCACUGACUUUGACACGCCCGCCUUCCAGCACUGCAAGAAUCUCGGCUGUCGGAUCGUGAGUCCGCUGGUGGUGGUUUACUGCUUGCAGCAGCAGCUUUGCGUGCCCAAAGCGGAGAAACCGGUCUACAACAUGGCCAUGGCCAACGUCACCAUCUCCUGCACCAGCCUGGAUAAGACAGCCCGGGCUGAGGUGAUGGACUUGGUGCAGCUGAUGGGCGGGCGCGUUUAUCUGGACCUCAACGUGUCCGUCACGCAUCUGAUCGCCGGCGAAGUGGGCAGCAAAAAAUACCUGGUGGCCGCCAACCUGGGCAAACCCAUCCUGCUGCCUUCCUGGGUCAAAGCAUGCUGGGACAAGUCUCAAAACCGUCUGUUCAGGUACACGGAGCUACCCAUGGAGGAGCACCUGUGCCCGGUGUUGCUGGGCUGCACCGUGUGCGUGACUGGGCUCUCCAGCAUUGAGCGCAAAGAAGUGCAGCGUCUGUGCGAGCAGCAUGGCGCCCGCUACACUGGCCAGCUCAAAAUGAACGAGUGCACGCACCUCAUCGUCAACGAACCCUCGGGUCAGAAGUAUGAGUGUGCGCGCAAGUGGCACGUGUUCUGCGUGUCUCUGCGCUGGCUGUUUGACAGCAUCGAGAAGGGUUCAAGUCAGGAUGAGCGUCACUACAUCGUGGAGCGCGCCGCUUCCAAAAGUGCCCGGCCAAACACGUCCACGCCCACCGGCUCUGGCAAGAAUGAAGAUGGUGCUUCGCUGCUGGGUUUGAGCCGCAUCUCCCUCAACGCCAGCGUGACAGUGAACGACACAGCUUUCACCAAUGCGACCGUCAGCCACGCGGACGCUCCGGACCCCCUUGACAGUCUGAAUCUCACCGUGCAGCCCCCAGAUGACCUCCUGGAUGGCUGUAAGCUGUACCUGUGCGGCCUGCCCGUGAAGAAGCUGGAGAAGCUGCGUCGGCUGGUGAGCGCUGCGGGGGGUCUUCGCUUCAACCUGCUCAGCGAGGAGCUCACGCACGUGAUCUUGGGAGAACCUGACCAGGAUCUCAAGACUUUUUUGUCCAAAACGACUCACAGACCUCACGUGGUGAGAAUUCAAUGGCUGCUCGACAGCUUCUCCAAAGGCCGUCUCCUCCCAGAAGAUGGCUUCCUCCACCCGGACUGUCUUCCUCCCUCCCCGGCAGAGGUGCUGGUCGCGCCGGUCCGUCGCACGGCCGCCUGCAGGCCCUCCGUGGGCCCCCCCGCCGCCAGUCCCAGCACCCCAAAACUGAAGCAAGCGGAGGAGGACCUCCUCUCGCAGUACAUGGAUGACGACCCGACUGUCGUUGAUGAGCCGCCGCCAGCUAAUCACGACGGCGGGACGUCGGUCAACGCGGCCGCCGAGCUUUCCUGGAGCCUCAACCGCAAUGCCAGACCGGAUUCGGACUCCACCACACACGAGGCCAGCCAGGCGGGUCUCUUUGCGGGAAAACGCUUCCUGCUGCAGGGCUUCGGUGCCGAGGCCGAGGCCCAGCUUUCCCUCCUCGUGACGGACAACGGGGGCCGGGUGUUGGUGAGCAGCACGCGCGCCAUCGCAGACUACGCCGUGGUGCCUCUGUUGGGAUGCUCUGUGGAGCUCACGGUGGACGAAGUGGUCACGGAUACGUGGUUGGCAGCAUGUGUGGAGAGGGAGUGUCUCCUGGAGAUCUCGUCCAACCCUCUGUUCACUCCCGUUGCCGUGAUGGGCGGACGUCUGCCUCUUAAGGAUUGCGUCCUUUCUGUCAGCCAGUUCACGGGAGCUGAGCGCGAGUCGCUGGUGGAGCUGGCCAAGCACCUGGGCGCCACCGUCCAGGACUACUUUGUGCGCUUGGCCAACCCCAAGAAAGCAAUGCUGGCCAGCACUCACUUGGUGCUGCAGGGUCCCGAUGGCACCAAGUACCAGGCGGCCAAGAAGUGGGGGCUCCCGGCCGUCACCAUGCACUGGAUCAUGGCAUCUGCAAGGACCGGCCAGAGGGUGGCCGAGGAGCGCUUUCUGGUUGACCUGCCGCCUUCUCCGGAAAGGGAGGAGGAGAGUUUUGUCAGCAGCUCCCAGAAGAUAUCCAUGCCGCCGCCACGGCCUCCCCGAAAGGUGCGCCUCUCUCCAGAGGUCCCGCUGCUGGGUCCGCAGAGCGGCAAGGCCGUCACGCCGCUGGAUCUGGGACGCUUCCAGAGCAAAGUCUUCCGCUCGGUGCUGGACGAGAUGAAGGCGAAAGAGGACGUCGGCACGCCCGAGCAAAGUCGGGAGGGCGGCCGCAGCAAGCCCCCCGUCAAGGAGCCCUCUCUGCAGCUGGACACGCCGUCCCGCUUCCUCAGCAGGGAUCAGCUCUUCCGGCCCUCCUUCAAUGUCAAGGAUGCCUUGGGGGCGUUGGACACGCCAGGCGGGCCGUCCAAGCCCAGCGAGAAGGCGGAGACGCCGCUGACUGACGUCAUCAACAGGAACAUGAAGGUGGCGCUCGCCAACAGCUCACGCGGCAGCCACCUCGCCGACAUGCAAGCGGCCUCUGCCAGCCCGCAGCUCACCACCACCAGGAAGGAGGAGGCCGGUCCGCUGACAGGCGUCGUGAUUUGUGUGGGGAAGAAGCUGAGCAAGAUGCAAAGUGAACUCAACGCCGUGGCUGCCUCGCUCGGAGCCGAAUUCAGAUGGGCGUGCGACGAUACCGUCACCCACUUCAUCUACCAGGGCCGAGCCGGCGACAACAAUCGGGAAUAUCGAGGCGUGAAAGAGAGGGGGCUGCAUGUGGUCUCGCAACACUGGCUGGAAGCUUGCGCUGAGGAGCAGAGGCACGUCCCGGAGUCUCUGUAUCCAUUCACAUACAACCCCAAGAUGAGCCUGAACCUCAGUCAGGUUCCCAGCAGCUCGCAGAGGUCUCCCCCUUUCACACAAACACAACGGCAAGACGACACAGAAGCCCGGGACGAGAAAGUCGGCCCAAAUGAUUCCGAGCACAAGGCCGCAGAGGACGCGCCAUCCUCUCACCGCGCAAGCGAUGGAAACGGCGAUCAAAACAGCCUCGCGGACAAGAACGACGCUGCCGAAACACUGCAGAUGAGGGAGAACUUGCAGAAAGCGCUCCAAGAAAUCAUGUCGGCCACCAAGAUGACGACCGGCAGACGGAUGUCGGCGCGGCUCAGUCGGAUGGGGUCCGCAGGGAGCGCUGACUCCACCCCCAAUGCUUCUGGCGGCGGCAGGCGCACUCUGGAAGCAUUAAGGGUAUCCAGAGCGGCUGCUCUGGAUGUCAACACGGAGCCCUCCCAGAGUGAGCAGAUCGUUUGGGACGAUCCGACGGCAAGGGAGGAGAGGGCCAAGCUGGCCGACAACCUGCAGUGGCCCGGAAGUCCCUCGCAGCACUCGGAGCCUCUGGUGCUUCCCCUGCAGGCCGUGCCGCAGCACGACGGGCAGGUCAAGGACUCCAUGACCGACUCAGAGCUGGUGGAGAUGGCGGCUUGUAAUGUCAUCGACCAGCGAAUGGGCAAGAAGGCCACAGCGCCCCUGCAGGAGGAGAGACAGAAUAACAUUCUAACUCCCGACGCCCCCAGCAUCGCCUUCCCCCUCGCCAAUCCCUCGGUAGCUCCCGAGCCAGAGGAGAAGGAGAGGACGCCGCCCAUAUUCCAGAUGUCCUCGCUUGCUCCUCAGGAACGCGUUGAUUACAGUCACCUCAUUGAAGAGCUUGGUGGCAUCAUUCUGGACAAGCAGUCGUUUGACCCCAGUUGCUCGCACAUCAUCGUCGGCACGCCCCUACGCAACGAAAAGUACCUGGCGGCCAUGGCGGCCGGCAAAUGGAUCCUGCAUCGCUCGUACUUGGAGGCCUGUCGAUCCGUGGGCCGCUUCAUUCCGGAGGAAGAUUAUGAAUGGGGCAGCAGUUCCAUUCUGGACGCUUUGCCCUCCAUCAGCUCGCAGCAGAGGCGCUUAGCGUUAGCUGCCAUGCGCUGGAGGAAAUCCCUGCGGGGACCCUUGGAACAGGGAGGAGCCUUCAGCGGCUGGACAGUGAUGCUCAACAUCGACCAGAACCGAGCAGCCGGCUUCAGGCGCUUGCUGCAGUCGGGCGGGGCCAAGGUGCUGCCAAGCACCUCUCCCGCUUUGUACAAUGUGGCCACGCACUUGUUUGCCGACUUCAGCCGCCUCCGUCCGGGAGACUUCCGGGUGGACGUGUCGGAAGCCUGCGCCCAGGGUGUGACAUGUCUGAAGCCCGAGUACAUCGCCGACUAUCUCAUGCAGGAGCCCAUCCCUUCUACGGCGCUCUACCUCCUCGCCGGGAGCCCCCCCGAAGAAGCGCCUGGCAUGCCAUCAGUGAAACGCAAAGCGGCAGAGAACACCUCCGGCUUAAAAAAGUCUCGAUUGCACUGAAAGCCUCCCCACGCUCUUGCCCUCCUCCCCCUUUACAAAAUAUUGUAAAUAAGAUUGUUUUUUCUCAUGAAAUAAAGUCAACGAAGCGCA